AUGGUGAUCACGAGAAACACGGAAGAGCAACAAAGCACCAAAGAGCUGAUCAAAGAUAUGCAGGCACAAAUGCAAGCACAAUUGUUGGAGAUGCAGCGAAAGCACAAGGAGGAGAUAGCGGCAUUGAGGGCAGAACGCGCUCAUUUGGCAUCGACAACCCAACGGAAUCACAACCGUGAGAAUGACCAUGAGGCAAGCCGCAAUCAACAACCAUCCCACCACACCAACCCGAACGACCGAGUAAAAAGGGAAGCAAAUAGCAUGAUAACACCUACCAUUCUACUUCCUUUCACGACGGCCAUUAUGCAAACUCCUUUACCGGAGAAAGCUCCUCCUGUGUUAGAAAAAUAUGAUGGCUCAACUGAUCCAGAUGAUCAUCUCAGGAUAUUCGUUAACACAAUGGCAUUCUACACGGACAGCGACCCUGUUAUGUGUAGAGCUUUCUCAUUAUCUCUCAAGGGAGAAGCAUUAGCAUGGUACAACACCCUUCCCCCAAAUACAGUGGAUUGCUUUGCUACUGUGGAAGCUCUUUUUAGAAAUCAAUAUGCAUUCAACCGGGUACAAGAGUUAAUGCCGAUAGAUUUGAUAAACACUAAACAGGAGAAGGAAGAAACCUUGAAGGCCUUUAUGAAAAGAUAUAUUAAGACCUCACGACGAGUUAAGGGUAUCAAUCAUAAUUUUAUCAUCAACAAUUUGCAUUCAUGCCUAAAAGCAGGAUUUGUUGCUGAAAAUUUAUAUGCAAAACCGCCUAAAACUAUGGACGAACUCCAAAAAAGAAUUGCUAAGUUUAUUCGUAUGGAAGAUAUGAGAAACUCAAUAAAAAGACAACAACAAGAAGCUUCUGCAAGUGGAAACAAGAAGAAAGGAAAGAGAUAG